ACAUAAGUGAGUGACCUGUGGAGGAUGUCACACAGACACAUCUCCACAUUACAAACAGCUGAGCACAAACCAACAUCUGAGCCAUCAAAUACGUGUCCGCUCACGCUUCAUUGACUCUCCACAGUUCUCAUGAGAACGGCUUCAUGGAGGAUCUCGACAAGACGUGGGUUCGAUACCAGGAGUGCGACUCCAGGAGCAACGCCCCGGCCACCCUCACGUUCGAGAACAUGGCGGGUGUGUUCAUGCUGGUUGCUGGAGGCAUCGUGGCCGGGAUCUUCCUCAUCUUCAUUGAGAUCGCCUACAAACGGCACAAAGACGCCCGCAGGAAACAGAUGCAGCUCGCCUUUGCUGCCGUCAAUGUGUGGAGGAAGAACCUGCAGGUACGCGCCUCUACUUUACUCUACUCUACUCUACUUUACCUCACAGCGAGGUCAUUAUAGCCAGCAGCAGGAUCAGGAUCAGGAUCAGGCCUUUGUUUUUACGUCUGUUAGGAAAAAUCUGCAUCUUUGCUGUUUAAUAGGAGAAGCAUGAGUUCUGUGCUCAGGAUGAAGGGUUGUGUUAAUUAAACUGACUGCUGAUCAUCAAGAGUGUGCUCACUGAUGCUUGGUUAGCUUUCAGUGGCUCCGUGAAGCUCGGGUCGUUUUCUGAUUCACCGAUGAGUGAUUUAUUCUGUAACUGUGACCAACAAGUGAAAAAUACCCAACCUACAGCCCAGAGCCCCCAGAACAUGUCAUUUUCUCUUUUGUGAGUUUAGUCAGAGUUUAAUCUGAGAUUAGUCUGAGAUUAGUCUGAGAUUAGCCUGAGGUUAGUCAGAGUUUAG